AAGAAGAAGAAACUAACCUAUACUUGACUAACUAUUUUUGAUAAUGUAUUGAAAACAUGUAUUGAAAUAAAAAACAAUGAUUAUAAAAUAAAAUUUGCCCAUUAUAAAUAGACUGAACAAAAAUAUUAAACAUUCACUUAUGUUAAUAUUUCUAUAAAUAUGUCAAGUUUUACGAAUGAAAGUGUAUAUACUCAUACGUUUACGCCUAAAGAAUAUCAAGUUGAAUUGUUGGAGUCAGCUAAGAAAAAAAAUACAAUAAUAUGCUCCAGUACAAGUUCUUCAAAAGCAUUUAUUGUAGUUAAGUUAUUGCAAGAAUAUUCAUGGCAGAUGAGACAGGAACAUGGUAAAAAGGCGUUAUUUAUUUUAGAUCCUCAAAAUGUUCCUAUAAUGACGUCUCACGUUAAAUAUUUAACCGACUUGAAGUGUAUAAGUAUUACUAGAAUAACUACAGAAAUUGAAUUAGAAGACUUAUUUCAAAGAUAUCAAGUAAUUAUAUCAACUGCAGAAAUAUGUAUUGAAAUGGUACAUUCAUGUCUAAUAGCUGAUUUCUCUGUAUUUAAUUUACUUGUUAUUGAUGAUUGCCUCUAUGGACAAAGACAGUCCCUUAUUAAAGUUAUUAUGAAUAAAUACAACAAUUUACCUGAAGGUAAUAAACCACGUAUACUGGGUUUAACUACAGGAUUACUUAGCUCUGAGUUACAGCCAGACAGAUUAGAAGCAGAACUAUCAAGAUUAGAAAAAUUAUUAAAUUCAGACGUAGACACUUCAUCUGAAAUAGUUACUUUGAUAAGAUUGUCUUGUAGACCCCAUGAAACUGUGAUAGAAUGUCCUAAGUCACAAGUGAGUAGCUUACAAAAUGAAAUUAAGAAGAUAGUACAAGGAACCAUAGAUUUUUUACAUGAUCAUAGAUAUGAUCCUAGUGAAAUAUAUGAUGAUGAUUUAUUAGAAGAAUUUAAACAAGUUCCUGAUCCACGUAUUGUACCAUUAGAAUUACUACAUAAUUUCCUGGAAAUACUCGAAGAUAUGGGCCCAUGGUGUGCAGAUAAAGCUGCACUAUACAUAUUGUCAAAAAUUGAAAAACUCAAAGUGAAAGUACCAUAUGAACGCCAUUAUCUUUUGUUAUGUAUGACAUCUUCUACAUUGAUAUCUGUUAGAGCUACAUGCGAAUCUUUAUUUGAAAAUUCUGAAGAGCUGGACAUAUUAAAAAAGUAUUCAACACAAAAAGUAUUAAAGUUUAUUGAAAUCUUGAAACAAUUUAAACCUCCAGGGGAUAAACCACCAAUAAAAGAGAAAAGUCCUGAUGAAAGUUCUCCAGUAAAAUUCAAGGGUAGAUGCAAAGGACCUAGGAGACCUCUUUUUCAAAGACCACUAACUGAAGAUAAUUUGUGUUCUUUAAUCUUUGUUCAUAAUGGAUAUAAAGCAAAAACAUUGUUUGCUUUACUUUGUACUCUUUCUCAACAAGAUCCUGACUUCUGGUGGAUUUCAGCUUUAUUUACAGUGGAAAAAGUAGCAGAUACAAUAAGUGAACCUAAAGAGGCUGAAAACGAGCAUAAAACACAAGAAGAAGUUCUCAAAAAAUUUAGGUGUCAUGAAUGUAAUAUAUUAGUGUCAACGUCUGUACUAGAACAAGGCUGUGAUUUACCAAAGUGUAACUUAGUUAUUAGAUUUGAUUUACCCAAAAAUUUUCAUAGUUAUAUUCAAAGCAAGGCAAGAGCUCGAGCAUCUGAUGCUCAUUAUAUCCUUUUUGCAAAUAUAGAUCAAAUUAACAUGUUUGUUGAGGACUUGGCUGAAUAUAAUGAAGUUGAAAAUACUUUGCUGAGAAGAUGUUAUAGUUUAGAACCUAAUAAACAAGAAGAGAUAAUAGCAGAUCUAUACAGUCAUUUAUGCACACCCUAUAAACCAUUACCAGAUGAUGGAGCACCUAGUAUUACCUUAACCAAUGCAAUAUCGUUACUUAAUAAAUAUUGUGCUAAGUUACCCAGUGAUACUUUCACAAGGCUCACACCAAUAUGGAGUGAAGAGCAAACUUCUUGUGGAAAGUUUGUUGUCCAUUUGAGACUCCCAAUUAACUCACCUGUCAAGCAAACUAUUUCUAGUCCACCAAUGCCAAAUAGUUUGCUCGCUAGGAGAGCAGUAGCUUUCAUGGUGUGCCGCCAACUUCACAAAACUUGUGAACUUGAUGACUAUUUGCAACCUAUCAACAAAGAAAAUUUUAAAGCUACAGAAGAUGAUUGGGUUAACUUUGCUUUGGAUGAACCUGAUGAUGAAAACUUGGACGUUCGACCUGGUACUACUAAACGUAGACAGUAUUAUAAUAAAAGGAUAGCAGAUGCAUUAUUGAAUUGUCACCCUGUAGUGGGAGAACCAACAUACUUUUAUAAAAUUGUUAUGACUUUAACUUGUCCUUUGCCUGAAGAGCAAAACACAAGGGGUAGAGAAAUUUAUCCUCCUGAGGAUUCUCCUUUAGGAUUUGGAAUUCUCACAUCGAAAAGGAUUCCAAAGAUAAGUGCCUUUCCUAUUUUCACUAGAUCAGGUGAAGUUAGUGUGGACUUAGAACUAAUAUCUACAAAUCUGGUUUUAACUGAAGAACAAAUAAAAAAAACUAGAGAGUUUGUAAACUAUACUUUUACAAGUGUUUUGCGAUUACAAAAGUAUUUGAUGCUGUUCAAUCCAGAUGCUUCAUCUAAUAAUUAUUUAAUCGUUCCUACAAUCAAAAGGGAUAAUGCAGUAAAAGUCAAUUGGAAAUUUAUAAAUUUGAUAUUCACUCUUCUAAACAGGAUUCCAGCAUUCAUACCUGAUGAAAAAAGAGCCAACUACAUUUUUAAUCCUGAGCUCUACAGAGAUGCUGUAGUCAUGCCAUGGUAUCGUAACCAGGACCAACCUCAGUAUUUUUAUGUAGCAGAGAUGUGUUCCAAGUUGAAUCCUACCUCUGCUUUUCCAGGAUUAGAAUAUGCGACUUUUGAGGAGUAUUAUAAAAGAAAAUAUGGAAUUCAGAUUCAAAAUCUGACUCAGUGUUUGUUGGAUGUAGAUCAUACUUCUGCACGUUUGAAUUUCCUCACUCCAAGAUAUGUAAACAGAAAAGGAGUAGCACUACCUACAAGUAGUGAAGAAACAAAAAGAGCUAAAAGAGAAAACCUUGAACAGAAGCAAAUAUUAGUUCCGGAACUAUGUGCUAUUCACCCUUUUCCUGCUUCUCUGUGGAGGAAAGCUGUAGCUUUGCCUUGUAUAUUAUAUAGAAUCAAUGCUCUACUUCUAGCAGAUCAGAUCAGAAGAACUGUAGCUAGUGCUUUAAAUUUAGGCAUAUGUGAAUUACCUAAAGAAGUUAAAUGGCCAUCAUUGAAUUUUGGAUGGAACUUAUCUGAUGUACUGAAAAAAUCCCGUGAAGAAGAGAUGCGCAAGCAGCAAGAAAAGUUACUAGUAGCUGAACUCCAUUUAGAAGAAAAACUACCCUCAUUAAAAAUAACCGAAAUAAAAUCAGAUGAUGAUUUUGAAAAUGGCGUCAAUGAUACAGAUGAUGAAUGCAAUAGUCUUGUAGAAAUAAGUACCAAAUGUGAUGACAAAUGGAUAGAGAUAGGGACUUGGUCUAAUGAAAUGGCAGGAACUAUGGAAUGUAAUGGAAGUUCUUCCUUAAUUCGUUAUGCUUCACCAACUAGUUGGUUGCAGUCAGAUAAUAACUAUGAUGAUUUUUCCGACAGCGAAUCAGAAAUACUUCAGGAUGAUUCUGAUUCAGAGUGGGGAGGUUUGAGGAUUGAAUUUACAGGAGAUAAUCAAGCAGAAGCUUUGGAUGAUGAGGAUGAUGACAAUGAAGACAAAGUAUUUAAAUUAUACAAUAAUAUUGAUGCUUGGAAGAUUGAAGAAGAAAGUGUGCAAACAGAUUUGUUAAGAAAGGAAUUUCAUGAAGCAUGCUCCAAUAAUAAACACCAUAUACUAUCUAGUGGAAUAUUAGUAACGGCUGACAAUGUUUUUGACAAAACUAUUUUAAAAGAUAAACAAGAUAAAAUAGUUUAUACAAAUAAUAUCGAUAAGAAUGUUGAUUUUUCUUUGCUGUACAAAGAUAAUAGAAACAAUUCAGUAUUAGAUGAGAAUAUUAUAUCUAAUCAAUAUAUUAAUGAGUAUGAUAUAUCUGAAGAACUAUCUUUUAGUUUUGAUGAACAACCUAACUUAGCAGACCAUCCUGGACCUAGCCCAAAUGUUCUUUUGCAAGCUUUAACUAUGUCUAAUGCAAAUGAUGGAAUUAACUUGGAAAGGCUGGAAACUAUUGGUGAUUCUUUUUUAAAAUACGCCAUAACAAAUUAUUUAUAUUCCAAAUAUGAAAAUGUACAUGAAGGAAAACUCAGUCAUUUGCGAUCAAAACAAGUUAGUAACUUGAAUUUGUAUCGUCUGGGAAGACGAAAGUGCUUAGGAGAAUUCAUGAUAGCCACCAAAUUCGAUCCACAUGACAAUUGGCUGCCUCCUUGCUUCUAUGUCCCGAAACAAUUGGAAGAAGCCCUAAUAGAUGCACAAUAUCCUGCAAACUGUUGGUCAGUUGCUGACAUGGCUGCAACUAGAAACAUGAGUUUAGAUGAUAUUUGUGUAAUGGUACGUGAACGUGGAGAAGGCUUUGCUUUAACCAAUUCCAUUCCCUAUAACCUAGUCACUCAACAUAGUAUACCUGACAAAAGUAUAGCAGAUUGCGUGGAGGCGGUUAUAGGAGCUUAUUUAAUUGAAUGUGGUCCCCGUGGUGCUCUGCUAUUCAUGGCUUGGUUGGGAAUUAGAGUUUUACCAAAAUUAACAGAUGGUACAUUUGGAGAAAUUACAUUGCCUCGAUCGCCACUCCUUAGAAAUAUACCCGAUCCCGAGGGGGAGUUAGAAAGACAGCUAGAUGGAUAUGAUAAAUUUGAAAAACACAUUGGAUAUAAGUUUAGAGAUCGGUCGUACUUAUUGCAAGCGAUGACACAUGCGUCAUAUUUCCCUAAUCAUCUCACUGAUUGUUAUCAAAGAUUAGAAUUUUUAGGAGAUGCUGUUCUAGAUUAUUUGAUUACUAGACAUUUAUACGAAGAUCCCAGGAUGCACUCGCCUGGUGCUUUAACAGAUUUGAGAUCGGCGCUAGUUAAUAAUACCAUUUUUGCAUCAUUGGCUGUGAGAAAUAACUUUCAUAAGUAUUUCAAGCAUUUAUCUCCAGGUCUUAAUGAGGUUGUGGAGAGAUUUAUAAGACUGCAAGAAGAAAGUGGUCAUUCUUUAGUAGACGAAUUGUAUUUAGUAAUAGAAACAGAAUGCGAGGAAGUAGAAGAUGUAGAAGUACCAAAAGCCUUAGGUGAUGUGUUUGAAUCUGUUGCAGGUGCUAUAUUUUUGGAUUCUGGUAUGUCUUUAGAUGCUGUAUGGAAAGUGUAUUACAGAAUGAUGAAAUCGGAAAUAGAACAAUUUAGUAACAAAGUUCCAAAAUCUCCUAUUAGGGAAUUAUUAGAACUUGAGCCAGAAACUGCUAAAUUUGGUAAACCUGAAAAGUUGGCAGAUGGGAGAAGGGUUAGAGUUACUGUGGAAGUGUUUGGCAAAGGAUUGUUUAAGGGAAUUGGAAGAAACUAUAGGAUUGCUAAGUGUACAGCUGCCAAAUGUGCUUUAAAACAUCUUAAACGGAGGGGUUUACUUAAAAAAAGUGACAAUUAAUAUAUUUUAUCAUAUUUGUAUAUAUCAGCAAACUGCAUUUUUUGUUUUUCCACAACAUAAGCCCAAAUUUAUACAUUAUGUUAAAGUAAGUGCCAUGAUAGUCCAAGAGAGUUACAUAAAACAGCAUCGAUUUGGUACACGCUGUUUGAGUUUGCAAACUGCUAGAUAAAAGUUAGUUAUUCUCGAAAAAAAUAUGAAAAAAGUUUCGGUAUCGAUUUUCCUUUGAGUCGCUUCUGGCAGAGGUUUUCUAACCAGAUAAAUUUCUGGCACUAUUGCACCGCGCUAACUUGAGGUUCCUACAGUAGUAUGAACAAACUUUAACGGGUGUCCCCUAUCAUUUUUUCCGGCAUAUUUCUCGUCAUAGAAAACAGGCUGCCAUUUCGAUUUGCGGCCAGAACGAACAGCCAGAAGUACUGUUUGGUGAUGAACUAACUGUUAUCUAGCAGUUUGCAAACUCAAACGGCGUGUACCAAUUCGAUGUUGUUUUAUGUAUAUUUUAUUUACGUUUAAAUAAUCAAUUUGCAAUUAAGGCUUGUAGGAAGAGUUACUACUUCCUACAAAUGUUUGAUAUUUUUAUUUCUUUAUCAUGUAUCAACCGGUAAUUAGGUUAUUUAUUAUAUAUCAUCUCUCUAAUAGUUCCAUAGCAUGUGGUCGAUAGAUUUCGCAGCUACAUAGGAAGUAAAAUAACUAAACAUGAUGUUGGCCUUAUGUUGUGAAAAAAAUUUAAUAUUAAUUUUAAAAAGAAAGCAUUUGGACAAAAUAAUAAACAAAAAAUGUUUGUUUUGAUAUGAUUAAAAAAAGUAUUAACAAUCUAGUCAAACUGUUUUUAACAAGAAAGUUGUAGGAUAGUUUUGUCUACUUUCUUCUUGAAUAAUUUUUGUAUUUUAAAUUUGUAUUUGAGCUUGUCUCAUAUUUGCCGCUAGUCUUUUUCGAAUAUGAAUCAUGGGACUAAAACAAAGUAUUUGAUUGAAAUAAAUUUUUCGUUUUUGAGUUUUUACUAAAACAAAUUCAAUCUUUAAACUUUAUUAAAAACUAAGGUAACUGAAAAAGAAGAGUUAUCAAAAUCUAUCUCAUGAUUCUAAAUUCAUACAGUAAGGUGGAACUUGAAAAUAACAAAAAAAUCUAGUUUUUUGUUUUGACUUAAUACUAAAAUAAAUGUUCAUUGUUGUUCGUCCUCUGGUGCCGCAAAGGUGUUAAUAUUUGAUAACGUAGCAAAAAAUACCGAAACUUAAAAAAACGCAGCUUGCUCGUAACAAGCGAAAUAUUACCUAGAAGUCAUCACGAGGAUUUGGCUGCGUAUCGACAUCCAUUUACCUCCUACUCUUUAAAAAACAUAUGUGUUUAAUCUGACUAAUUAACAACCAUCUUGUAAUCUUUUUUGGUUUCAAACCAAAACCAUCUCUAGCUUCAUAUCCUGAUACAACUAGUGACAAUUUUGACACGUCCCCACCAUGAAAAAUCUGGGGCAUCUCCCAUCUGAACCAUUUUCUUAAUUUCUUUAUUGGUCAAUCGAGACAAGAUUGGAGCUUCAGUGCAUUUGCAAUAAUUCCAAUCUAUUAAAUUUGUAUAUUCAGUUGAAUCAAAAUGGUGAUACUUCAAAGCACCUUACUGAACAAACUGUUUAUACCAACACUCACAAUUAUAUUGUCUCAGGCGCGCUUUGAUAACCAAGUUAUCGUCUUCAGAGACUGACGGUAAACAGUUUACCAGAUAAUCUUCUAGGACCCAUCAAAAUAUUGAAAAAGGUGCCGUGCCUCAAAGGAAGUUCAUUUGCAUGUAGUAGACAAAUUAUCUAUUGUGAGGGUUUUUUGAGCCUAGUUUCUAGUAUUUUGAUAACUUCAGCUCUACCGUUCAUAGUAGUACUACCGUAAAAUAUACGAAUUGAACGCAUUAUCGGGACCAAGGUCAAACCAAACAUUUUUAAUUAAUAUAUGAGGUAGAUUAUAAAUUAAAGUUAUUUUCGAUAAUUAAGGACUCUCCGGCACCACUAGAUUUUAUUUUAAAAUUAAAACGAACAUAUUUUCGUUGCGCGGAAAGGAAAUGAAAUGAAAUUUCCACUAUUAUAAAACAUUAUUCGAGACUUCGUUGUCAAGUUCCACCCUGUUCUACAGUCUGGAGUCUAAACACAGUGUUUACUACCACAUUUCGGUAUUUACGCAAAAUACCAGGAGUUACGCGACAUAUGAUUUUUAUUACAUAUGUAUAUUAGUAUAUUAUAAACAUUUAAAAAAGUUUUCGAACCGAACUGCUUAUGAAGUUCUACUGGUCAUAUAAGUGCAAAAUUUUAUUAUUUUUCUAACCGAACCACCUGUAAAUGCAACAACAAAAAAAGCCAAAAAAACUCUAAAGAAUGUCACCUCGAAGACGUUAAAAAUCAUGCUAACAGUGUGGCAAUGCAAGACACUGACUUAAAGAGUUACUGUAACUACCAGAAUUUCGCGAAAAUAUCGGUUCUGUUUACUACCAGUACACCAACAAUUAUUUUUACAUACUUUCUGAUGUGUUUGUUAGUCUUCAGAGACGCUCCCCGAUCUCUGAAGACUAUAACGCGCGAAAGUGUGAUUGUGAGUGUUGAUAUAGUUCAGUUUAAACAUUACCAACCAAUUUUGAAGCCUGUCAUCUUAUUCAUCAGUUGCUUUCCAAUUUAUAAAGCACCAAACCCAUGGGUUCAACGCACACAAGAAUCAAUUGGAACCAACUUCGGUGCGCUUUGUGUCAAGUGUCAAAUUUUAAAACAUACCACACAUUUGUAAAUUGGUGGCAUUCAGUGGACGAAACCGUUGUACAACUUUUAUAGAACCCUAGCGGAAUCGUUCGGUGAGAGAUACGCUAAAAACUCAACACGUUUUGGAGCAGACGCCAUGUUUCGGAGAGCUUUUAAUUUGUGCUAGGUAAGGGUAGCGGAGCUGAAAAGUGAACAAAAACUGACACAGAACCAGACUACAAAUUUGUUAAAUCAACUGUUUUCUGUGAUCAAGUUGCAACCUUAUCAGAAAAAAAUUGUUUGAUUUCGGUCAUGAGAAUGAGGAAAAUUAAUUAAAGAAUUUAAUUUUGAAUCAUAAUGUCCGUUUUUACAUACAUUUAAAAGUGAUUGAAUGCUGAAUACACAUCGUAAUUCUUAGAAAAAAAACUAGUCAAAGUAACACCACAUAAUGUAACACUCUUAGUUUAAAGUUUAAUAAAAAUAAUUUCGUUUGAAUAUACUCAACAAAAAUGUAAAAAAUGUCAAAAAUUCAUAAUUUACAUAAAUGUUCAAGAUACCGAUAGGUGGCAGUAGCGCUAAGUGCUACGUCCGCUGAAUGCGACCAUUUGUUGUCGUAUCCGAGAUACCAGAUACUCGAUUAAUUUAAUACAAAAUAUUAAUACUACAGAAGUACUUCUUGGUAACUUAACUUUUUACUAAAGAUUGCCUUCUUUAUUAAGUAACAAUGCAUAAUAUGAACUUGUUUCUGCAUCCAAUAAUGGUCGCAUUCAGCGGAUGUAGCGCUUAGCGCUACUGCCACCUAUCAGUAACGGUAACGAUCGGGAACAUGUUGAGCAUUAGCUGUACUUUCGUUUUCUGUCUUGUUAGUUUAUGACAAAUAUAUUUUCAAAACAGAGACUAUUUUGGUUGCUUUUAUUGAACUUAACAAGUGUUACAAUUAAAUGGUAAAUGUUCAAGUACUUUGUCUAAUUUCUUUUCAAAUAAUUAUGAGGUUUAUUCAUCUCUCACCCACUUUUGUAUGUAUAUAAAGAUUGUCAUUAUAAUUCAAAACGAAAUUAUAGAGAAUAAUUCAUGCAGUUCUAAAUUAUUUAUUUUAUCUUCAUCAACGGUUCAAUCAUUUUUCUUCUAUGAAAGUUUACAACCAUAGACAUAGUUGACGUUUGAUCUCAGAUGUAACAAAUUUCACUUCCGCUACCCCGACCUAUCACAAAUUUAUAGAGGGUAGAGGUAAGGAGAACCAUCUCUGUGCUACAGAAAGUGUCCAUCAAAUCCUUCAUGUUAGGGAGGCGCUACUAUAGCACAAGUUUAAAGAAAGAUAAUGACUUCGGCGUACUACUUGAGUUACUUUUCAUUUUACGUCCGCUCUGACAACUUUUCACAGAGUAAACUUUUCCCAUUAUGAUUCUAUUGUCUAUGAUAAUUGACACUUCAUAAUUACUUGCAAAAACUCUUACAAAUUCACAAUAAUUAAUUAACAUUCAGCGUUAUCUCACAGUAGCUUUUCUAGGUUAUAUUUACAAAAUUAUUUUGGACUACAUGAAUAGUUUAGUUUCUGUAUACCAAUAUUUAAUGAACGACUCUAGUCAUUUGAAAUAUUAAAUUUUCUAUCUCUGCAUACUUCACUCUAUCUAAAAUAACUAAGUUCAUAUGGUAUCUGGUCCUACAGGAGCGCCAUUCUGGUAAAAUUUUGAAUUAUAAUUUAUCGUCUAUAAGCAGUAGACAGUUUUUAAGCUAAACUCCCAUAUAAGAUGGUCCUCCUUACCUCUAACCUCCACAUACAAAUUAAAAGCGCUCCUAAGCAUGGCGUCCGCUCUAGAACGUGUUGAGUUUGUAGCGUAUGUGCCACCGAACGAUUCCGCUAGGGUUGUAUAACGGUUUCGUCCGCUGAAUGCGACCGAUCUAAGACAAUAUUUUUUUUAUGGCCCGAUUACGAUUUCAAAACACAAAUGUAAUUAUAAAUAACUGCCUACAUAACCUCAAUUUUACAGUUUGUGUUUAAAGCGUAAUUUAGAAGCUCAUGAAGCCCAAGCAUUUAUCUGGUGCUCACGUUCUCAAUUGUGUGCUCAAAUUGUGCAAUUGGAAAGCAACUAUUGUUAAACUUUAUGUAGCAAUCUAGGUUUUAGAUACAUCGUCAGAUUAUUUAUAGAGAAAUAAUAUCAUUUUUAAAUGAUUCAUUGUGAGAAAUCAAACUAAAACACAGCUUUCACCCUUGGAGCCAUUUUAAGUACAAAUGGACUAGUAUAAAAUACAAUGAAACUUGUUCACUAAAGUUCCAAAACGAUAUGGCCAUGUCUAAAGACAGUUCUAAGAAAUAUAAUGAUAGUAAUUUUUUUGAAUACACACCCCUUUCAUAAUUCACGAGUCGCAACUGUCUGUAGAUGUAAUUUGAAUUUAAACAAGUUUUAUUGGACGUCUGCUAUUCAGAAUAUACGAGGAGGUGUGGUUAUUCAAAUAUUAAAAAAGUCAAUUUGUUUUAAUUUGAAGUAGUCUGAGCAGAUCUCAAAUAUUUUUUAUCCUUAGAAAUUUUAGUUUUUGAAUUUUUUAAUAGUACUGAUUAGGACUGAAUCGAUUUUCAUUAUGUUCGAUUUAUUUAUGUUUGUUAUUGUAAGAUUUCAAAAUCUUUCCAGAUGUUCUGAAUUUUAUUUAUAUUUUAUAGUAUUUAUAAUUCUGUUAUUUGACAAACUAUAACCUAAAAAAUCAACAUUUAUAUAAAUGCCUAUAAAUUAAUACAUAUUUAUAUUGGUGAUGGUUAAUAUUUAUAUUUUAAUGAACAUAGUUAUUAGGUACAGGCUGUCAAACGUAAGAUGACCCAUAUACAGUUUGUGGGUCACCUUAUGUUUGACACCCUGUACAAAAGGCAUAUCCUAAAAUUUUCUAUUGAAUGUGGGCUGUGUGUUUUUACUUUUACUAGCCAUUAAUUUUUUUUCUAAUUUGAUUUUUGCUUCUUGUUCAACUCCAAAUAUGAAAAUCAGUGUAAACUCAGUUUUUUAGGCAUUGUAAGAAAAUUAAAAAUUUGUGGAGAAUCGUUAUUUGCAAUACAUUACCUGUGAUUUUUUUGCUACUUUUUGUACAUAUUAGGUAUUGUAUCUUAUGCGACAAUAUUCGUCAUUACUUGAAAAUUUAAAACAUCUUUUACAAAUUUAAAAUUCCUGAAUCUUUACAAAUAUUCUGUGUACGUACAUAACAGUUUUAAUAAAGAUUUUAAAGAAAAA